CUGAUUGGAUUGAAGCUGGACACCCGACCGACCCCAAACUGCUGGACGUUUCCUCCAUUUUAUCCCCUUUUACUGGGAUGUUUAAACCCGUCUGUCCACAUGCGCGUCAUUUUCGUCAUGUUCUCUUGACUAUAAACAAAAGCUGUUUGAGUUUCGUAAAACACAGACAGCUGGAGUUUGGUAUGUGUUGUUAAGCAGCCCUUUUUGCCUUCAUCCACCAACCAGUAGGGCGCGAGAGCAAGUUAGGUGUUGUUGGGACAAGUUCGGCACGAGAGCACACGCGAAAGGACAAUAUUUCACAUGCUUUGAGUUUUAAUCUGGGCCCUAUAUCAUUCAUUUUAGAUUGUUAGAGUAAACGAAAAACAUGGUGACACUGGCAGCGAUCGUAGCGCCUCUCGGUCGGCAGAUCCACAGACAUCUGCUGAAGCGUGUUAGAAACCAGCGCUGGAUACCUGCUCGGGCAUGUAACUUGUCUGCUUGCUCCAGCAAAUUUGUUCUCAGUCAAGUGCAUCCGAUGUGGCAGGAGCCGCUCGCCAUUCCCGGUGGAGAUCGCCAGUCACCAAUUGACAUUGUGGUGCGUAAAAGCAUCUUUGAUCCGCAGCUCAGACCCCUGAAGGUGCAGUAUGACCCGAGAACCUGCCAGCAGAUCUGGAAUAAUGGGUACUCUUUUCUGGUCGAGUACGACGACACCACUGACAAAUCCACUCUGAAAGGAGGACCACUAGAGGAUCAGUUCAGACUAUGCCAGUUUCAUUUUCACUGGGGGGAGAACAACGCCUGGGGCUCUGAACACUCCAUAGACCGCCGCCUUUACCCUGCUGAGCUCCAUCUUGUUCACUGGAACUCUGACAAGUACAGUUUGUUUGAGGAGUCUGUUAUUGAGGAUAAUGGACUAGCUGUUAUUGCAGUCUUUUUGAAGAUUGGAAAGAGACACGAGGGUCUGCAGAAACUGGUGGAUGCCUUGCCUGCAGUCAGGCACAAGGAUAGCGUGGUAGAGUUCACCAAGUUCGACCCUGCAUGUCUCCUCCCGGAAAACAUUGAUGACUAUUGGACAUACGCAGGUUCUCUGACCACUCCUCCUCUUACUGAGGCGGUGACAUGGAUUGUGAUGAAACAGCACAUUGAAGUCAGUCAUGAUCAGUUGGCAGUGUUUCGAAGCUUGCUGUUCACAUCGGCAGAGGAACAGUUGCAGAGAAGUAUGGUCAACAAUUUCCGCGUUCAGCAGGCUUUGAAGGGACGGACUGUCCGCUCUUCUUUCACCCCCUUCCUCUAAGAUGCUCCCCCAAUAAUGUAGCAACGAAACUCAGUGACCUUAUUCACAUAUUUACCUCCAAAACAAGCACAGACGCAUCAUUCACUUUUUACAAUGGAGAGCUAAUAUCCAUAAAGACUUAACAGGAUUUUGCCAAAUGUUUUCACCUUUUCCAACCAGGCAUUUUGGUAUAGAUUGGGGAGAUUCUAUUGAAAGGGAUUGACAAAGAUAUAGUUUAGUUAUUGGAGAGCCUGUUUACCCUCUGACAAAAGGUUCAUGCAAUUCAUCAUCAUUUCGAUAUGUUUGUAAAUGUAUUGAAAAUAAUGCUAGAACUCAGGUUAUUCUAAUUUCAGUAUGAAACACAUUUCCUCUCAAUACAGUGGCAAAGGGUGUCCACGUUUGUGGACAAACAGCUUCCUCUUGUGGAUAACUGACAGAAUGGAAAGGGGGGGGGGUAUUCAGUAGUUUUAGUUUAGUGGUACUAACUUACCUUGUUUGCUGCGAGGGAAUUUAUUGUAUGCAUGAAACUGUACAAUGCCUUUCAUUUUUGAUUGGUUUGUAGAUGUUAAAUAAUUUCACAUCAUUUCAGUAUAGAGAAAGUUUUAAAUAUUUUAAGGCUACAUUUGAAUAUCGCAGUAUAAAUAAGACUAGAAAUAUAGUUUUUUAAGGUUCACUAGACAUUUAAGGUUGUGAAAGGAAGAGUAGAUUAAUGCGCACAACUGUUUAGUGAAGAUGCAUUACUGUACUUGCUGUGUAGAUCAGAUUUGUAUAGAAUGGGUUAUCAUCCAAAGUGCCUUUUUCAUUAAAAUCAAUUAUCUGAUCAACUGAACAAAUGGUUGGCCAUAAUUGCCUUCUGGCAUAACAUGUGCUUCCAAUACAAAUCUCUUACAGUCUAUGUUGUUCUCAUCCAUUAAGCUCAUGAUUGUAAUUGUUCAUCUGUGGAUAUUUAAAGUGUUUUUAGUGUUGGUGAUUUAAAAAAAAACAUUAUAACAGAGAAACUUGUGUUUAGUCUCUAUGUAAGAAUGUCUUGUAAAAUGUAUUUUGGGGCACCUGGAUGUUUCUUUCCAUUCUAUGUCAUGAAAUACCUUUCAGAGAGGGACCUCCAUUUUCGAUCAUGUGUGCUCUUAGAAUUUAAUUUCUCCACUAGAGGCGUACAUGAGGCUAGACACAAUGGAGAAAUGAGACCUACAAUAAGACCAAUUGACUGUUAUAGUUCAAUCUUGGUGCAUUCCUUUUUCCUUUAAACAUGAUGUAAACAGCAAUAAGAAUAGAACUGUUAAAAUGAGACACUAAGAUUGUUUGAAACGUCCAGGACCUGUGGUAUGUAUCUGCAAAUGAAUUGUACGUUUACAUAAUGGCGAUGUUUUGGCAUUGAUGAUAAUAUUCAGAAGAUGGUUGAGAAGUAACUUCAAUGUUCUGUUGUUCCAAGGAAGUGCAGAAACAGCAGAGGUUCAACAUGCAGCUCUAUAACUGCCAAGAGGCGCUGGUCUCUUUGUGAUGGCUGAAUAACAAUGUUCUUGUAUAAACUGUCCCUAAAGUGGCCUCUCAUUUGAAUGGGCCAGCUGGUUUUCUCCCUGUUGGCUCCAUGGUUAAAAUUCAGAGUGAUACUAACUAGAACAGAAAGCUGGAUUUGCCCCUUACAAACAAAAGGUUACAGGGAGACCAGGAUCCAUUCCCUACACCUGCCCAAGUCUUUAGCUCUCAGUGUAGUGGACAUUCCUUCACAUCAGGAGGCCCUAGAAAGUUUUCUCAUUGAAGCAGAGUUCAGUAGCGUGUGAAAACACCUUUUGUUGUUUUUGAAUUUGAAUUAUGCAGUGUAUGAAUUAUAGUUUGAGGUUUUGUGACAUUCUGACUCUUUGCUGUAAUGGGUUGGCACUAGGGACAUGGAUUUUUAUUCUGGUAGGAUUUUCCUUUGUUUUGUACUUUUUAAGUAGCUUGAGGCCUUCCACUUUUAAGGGAAAUCAAUAAUCAGUUUAACACGAAAACUACGUUUGUUUUAUAGGCAGCACCUUCCUUCACUUAUCAUCUUAAGUCAUUUUCAUAACUGUCACUAUUGCUGCCUAUUAUAAAUUUUAUGAUGCAAAUGUAUGGAAAACUUUCAUAUAAUUUCUUUGUUGUAUUGUGUGUAAAUGUUGUAUUUUCUUUAUUUGUUUCAUGGAAUAUUGUAGGAAACUGGUCUUUUUUCCAUUUGAACCAUUUUUGGUUGAUUUAGUUUUGUUUUACUUUGGGGUGGACACAAGCAUGUGCCUUAGGGAUUUAAGCAGGAAGAGGGUGGUGCCGGAGGUUUAUGGAGGCCCCAUCCCAGCAAGUGUUGUUUCACCAGGUGCUGGUUAGGUCCGGAUCAGCUGCACUAAAAAAUGCAUGUUUUGGCGGACUUAGCAAAGGGGGAGCCUACAGAUCCAGAGGUGAACAUCAACAACUGCACAAUGUAACUACUCAUUCAUGCUGUCUGACAUUUGUAUUAACAUUUUAAUGUGCAAAAAAUUUAAAUAAAAUAAUCUUUGAUGGUUGACUGUGAAA